AUGUCUUCGUCUUCCAACUGUCGUUGCAACAAGCUCAUUUCAGCAACCGAGCCUAGCGAGCGAACCACGCGCCCCCAUUUUGGCAAUAUACUACCUAUAUUGGAGAUUCCUACUGGACCUCUUUCUUCAUUCCAAGGGUCGACGCUACAGCACCCUGGAUAUCACGCCAAUACCUUUGCUGAUGCUGCAUCUGGCAAAGCACGAGCGGAGAUGGGCCAGCAUGACGAUUGGACGGAAGCCAGUUCAACGCCAUGGGCGCAAACUCUCACUGCUUUUGACUUGAACGCUCCUUCUUUAUCUCUGGACAGCUUGGAAUAUGGCGAGCAAUCCGGAGCCCGAAGGCAACGCUCCCUUGAGGCUGUGACACCGAGUCUGGCGAGAGCCAUCUGCCAUAUACACGGCCCAGCGAGCCAGGUUCGAGAUACACUCCCGACGAAUGUUGAGUUUCCUUUCAACUCGGCCUUUGGAAGAAUGAGCUCUGCUAUCGAUCAGCCGCUGUUCAAGGCGACGGGCUGCCAGGAACUCUCGAACUUCAACCUCCAAGCAAGCACUGAUGCUUCGAGGUUCCUGUCUGGGAGUCUUCCGGACCCGUUUAUCCCUCCGUUGAUCGAGAACGACUCUAAGUCACCGUUCAGCAUUGACACAAACUUGUCCCCAGCAAGUACCAAACUGCUCUGA